GUCGCAGUCAUAGGUCGUGUUUCGUGCUGGCUUGUGGUUUUUAGAUUAUUAUUAUUAUUAUUAUGUUUGUGUACGCGCUAAAAUGAGAUUUUUAUUCUAUUUGACAGCGACGACGAUCGCCACGGUCCGGAUCGAAGGUCGAGGAAUAUUCCCCACAAAGACCAUAACCGUUUCUAAUCGUUUGACACACAUCAGUUCGUGUGCGAUAAUCGAACAAGAUGUACCGGUAUGCAGUGAUCCCAUAGAGUUAAACACCAGGUGGUCGCACGCGAGGACGCCGUACCCGGAAGACGGUUUCGCGGCCAGCCUGGCGAAAAUCGUGGACGGCGGCGGCGGCGGUGCCAUCAGGCCUGGACGGGCCGCGUGGAACUGGUGGCUGCGGAAAACGGCCACGUUGACCGAGCGCAAUACGGCGACCGGGUGGCCGCCAACGGAAAUGAUCGUCACGUACCUGAUGAAAGGCUGCAGUCCCACCAAAGUGCCGUUCAAUUUGUCGCCGUGCACCGACGACGGUUGGCCGCCGCCGGCCGGCGACCAGACAGCGCGGGUGCGCGACAGCUCCACUCGAGUCAUCUAUUACGUGCCACCCGACCAAUAACGCAACGUCGUAGGCCCCUAGUGGCCUUUAACGGUACACGUUGCCGUCCGAUAAAAUGUAAUGGCGUAAUGUAUCUAUAUGUAUAUGUAUACAGAGUGAUCAAUUUAACGUAAGACACUCUAAAAAGUUAUCCGCAAGUAGUAAAUUAGAAAACAGUGUACAAAAUAUAUCAUUAAAAACUGUAUUAGCAUUAGUAAAAAUCAAAAUAAACUUUCUGAAGU